GAUAAUAAUAAAACAACGUUCUAUUUAUAUGCCACCCAAAUUCCAAUAUUCUCAGAUGAUUUACUAAUAAAUAAAAUUUUAUAUUCUUUCACAAGAUAAUAAUUCCGAAGGAAUGUUUAUAUAAAAUAUGCAUAGAAGAAUAGCAAAUAACCAAAUGAACGGAAUUGCAAGAGUUAAAAAUAAUACAAUACUUUUCUUUUACAUUUUAUGAAUGUGUUUGGUUGAAUAAAAUUUUGUAGUACACAUAUUACUUAAAUUGUAGAGUUGAAUAAUAGGUGAUUGGAAUUGCUUGCAGUAUUAUAGUUUAAAUAGGGAAGUACGUAUUGUUUCCUAAAAAAAAGUUGUCAUAGGGUUUUGUCAUAUUUAGUUGCGCUUCCGUGAACGGAUAUGGAUUUACCUGUGUAUUUACCUUCUACCAAACCCCUCGUUGGGUAGCUGGAUUAAAUAAUGAAAUAUUUAAUUUGCAAACCCGAGCUAUUGACUUUUUCAGAGUGAGCCAGCAUUAAUCCAGUUUUCACAUUGCCAAUUCGAUUUUGGGUUUCAGUUUGGAUUUCAACCUCAGAAAGCACACAAAGGGGACAACUUCAACUGUGCCCGUCCAAUUCGCAGCAGUAAGAAAUGUUGGUUAAAGAAUAUAGGAUUAUUCUACCUCUAACAGUCGAGGAGUACCAGAUUGGUCAGCUCUACUCGAUAGCUCAGGCCAGUCGGAAUGAAACAGGAGGAGGGGACGGGAUCCAGGUGAUAACAAACGAGUCCUUUGAAAACCAACCACUUCUCGGACACCAGUUUCCUUCAGGACAGUAUACCAAGAAAAAAUAUUACCUUGCCAAUAAAGUAGGUGGUUUGGUUAAAACUCUGUUACCAAAAUCUGCCCUCGUCUUGGAGGAAAACGCCUGGAACGCAUAUCCAUAUUGCCGCACCAUAUUGACGAACGAGUACAUGGGCUCAGAUUUUGGGAUCUCGAUCGAGACAUAUCAUUUACCUGGAAAAGGUGAACAUGAAAAUGUUCAUCAGCUAACAAAUGAGAAACUAGCUCAAAGGGAAGUUGUCAUUAUUGACAUUGCCGGGGAGUUACUAGACCCUGCGGAUUACGAUAAGGACGAAGAUCCUAGAUUGCACAAAUCACUAAAGUGCGAUAGGGGCCCCCUGACCCCAGGAUGGAUCAAUACGGUUAAGCCCGUAAUGACCUGUUAUAAACUAGUCACCUGCCAUUUCAAUUGGUUCGGAUUACAAACCAGAGUCGAGAAAUUGAUUCAAAAAUAUGAGAUGCGACUAUUCACAAAGUUCCAUAGGCAGGUCUAUUGUUGGCUGGACAACUGGUACGAGCUAACACUGGAAGAUAUUCGCAAUAUCGAACUUCAAGUACAAGAGGAAUUGGAGAAUCAACGUAUACACGGAGCUCUACGAGGUAUUUGCAACAAUAUAAGCAUAAUUUAUGACGUCCCCAAUGUUUUCAUAAUCAUUUUGUAAUCCCCAGGCGCUAGAGUAUCAGAAUAAGCCAAUCAUUUAACUCAUUAAUUAUUGCUCAUCGGUGUUCAUGUAGUUUACCAAUUACAGUACUUGAAUAAACUUUCAGAAAAAGUGUCAAUAAAUCACAAUAAUCAAAGCCAG